ACUAGGUUUUCCUUUCUAGGUGAACUACGAAUGUGUUGGACAUCUCUCGUUUAUUCUAUACAAAGAGAUGAAACGGCCAUUCUUCUGCUACAUUAUAUCAGUUUGGUUAGCCUUGCAAUAAGUAAACAUUAAAAUAGCAGUAUCAAGUACUUUUCGAAGCGUGAUGCUGGGCGUGCUAAUGUGUAGUGGCGUUUGUUUGGUCAUAAAAACACCAUAGAAAUGCAUUCAAACAUGUUUAUCUCAGAACUUUAUUGUUGUAACAUCAGAAGAAUUAUAAGGGCUUUGACAUUGAAUAUACAGAAGAACCAUUACGGAAGUUCGAAUUUAAGAAUUGUUAGGUUAAAAGUUAAUACAAGAGAUUCAUUAAAAUUUACAUGGAUUUGUUCAACAAUACGGCAAUUUUACUUUGCAUCAAAUUCCACAUUGAUACUGUCGAAUAGUGCUGAGCUCGUGAGAAACGGUACUAGGAAUCUGUCAGUACAGAAAACGUUAGAGCACAUUCCUGCAAUUACCAAAACGCACAUAAGAGGAACCCUACAAUACAUCAUGUGGGUUCUGUGGAAGAUUUUAGACAUGUGUCAAGUAUUGUUUAGGGUUGUUCAGUUAACCUGUGUGUUUUUGCCCCUGGUGCUUCUGUAUCCUAUGACACUGAUCAAUGUACGUUUGAAGAAUUCGUGGUAUAAAUUACUGCGUUUUGAUUUGGAGCUUUCUGGCCCAAUAUUUGUGAAGCUGGGUCAGUGGGCCUCAACUAGGAAAGAUUUGUUUACAGAAGAGCUGUGCUGUUGUUUGGCAAAGCUCCAGAGAAGAACAUCAGCUCAUUCAUGGUAUUAUACAAAGAGGUCUUUAGAAAGGGCUUUUGGGCCUCACUGGAAGUCCAUAUUUGUCAAGUUUGAUAACAAGGAACCAGUUGGUUCUGGCUGCUGUGCUCAGGUAUACAAAGCAUGGAUUGAUCCAGAGGCACUAACUGCUUAUGAUGGAAUUGGUCCCUGUAAUGAGGAUUAUGCAGAUUCUCUCUUUGUUGAAGUGUUGGAAAUCAGAGCUAAAAAGUUGGAUGAGGUUUCAGAAAGGCUCGCAAUGGAGCUGGAACUGGAUGAGUGGGAAAAUUUGACAAAGAAAGAAUUAAUUCCAGUGGCUGUGAAAGUUCGUCAUCCUAGGAUGGAGGCACUUUUGAGGCGAGAUCUCUUCAUUAUGAAAGUUGUGGCAUCAGCAGUUACCUGGAUUUUGCCAAGUUUGAAAUGGCUCAGUCUUGUAGACUGUGUACAAGACUUCAAACAAUUGAUGGAAGCACAGGUGGAUUUUUGCGUAGAGGCCCACAACCUUAAGCACUUUGCUGAAAACUUUGAUGGUGUGGAGUCGGUGAGGUUUCCGAAACCACUGUGUUCUCUUGUAAGACCGCAUGUUCUGGUGGAAACAUAUGAGGAGGGUGAACCUCUGCAGCAUUAUGUAACAGGAAGAUCCUCCAGUCUGGUUAAUGCCAGGUUAGCUGAGCUUGGCAUCAAUACAGUAUUUAAAAUGGUGUUUGAAGAUAACUUUGCGCAUGGUGAUCUACAUCCUGGGAAUAUAUUGGUCAGAGAAAAGGAUGCUAGUGAUGUAAAGCAGCAGAAAUUUUGGAGUCGUUUAAUUUCAAAAUCAGUAACAUACCCAGUCACCAUAGUGAUUCUUGAUUGUGGAAUCAUUGCGUCUCUUGAUGACCAUGGAAAACAGUGUCUUAAAGGAGUGUUUAAAGCUGUCGCAAAUGGUGAUGGAAAAGAAGUUGGUGAACUGUUUCUAAAUCAUUCCAGUCAUCAGUGUGCAGACCCAGAGAGUUUCAAAUGCAGAAUGAGUGAAAUUAUUAAUUCUGCAUUGAACAGGAGUGUUACAUUACAACAAAUUGAUGUGUCUACCAUCAUGACAUCUCUGUUCUCUACGAUGAUUGAACACAAGGUGAAGCUAGAUGGUAGCUUCUCAUCCAUCAUAUUAGCCAUCAUGGUUGUAGAAGGUCUUGGAAAGUCACUGGACCCAACAAUAGACAUAAUACAGAAGGCCAGACCAUUUUUACUAACUUCCUUAUAAAUAAGUGUAUGUGUAGCUCCCAAAUUUCCAUGUAGACAUUUCACAGAGUUCCUAACAUUAUUUUGCAUUUAAUUUAUAAAAAAUCAAUAUUCUGGUGAUGGUUUUUUAUUUAUUUAUUUGUAUACAAAUAAAUCAUUUUAAAUUGAAUACUAACAUUAUGAAGCUUGUUGAAAUGAAACCUAUUCGAUAUUGUUCUGGCUGUAAGUGUGGAGGCCAUUGAAGAUAAUCCCCAUGGGCAUUAAGGCAAGCAUCUCAUUGAUGCACCAGCUGAUGGAUCCCCUCUGCAAAGAAUGCCCUCACCUGCUGCUGGAACCCUUCUUCAGUGGUAGUCAUGAUGUUUUUAUAUGACUUGAAAUUGUAGCCCUUCAGCACUUUCUACAGGUUUAAACAGUUGUAAGUCACAUAGUGUUACAUCCAGGGUGUAUGGGGGAUGAUCCAUCACUUUCCAGCACAUGGAGCACAAUUUGCCCUGGACAGUACAGGCCACAUAGUGACAGGCAAUGUCAUGCAGUGUGCUGAAACUCCUCACAAGUGUGUUGGGACACUAUCUCUUGAUGGUGGUACCAAGGUCUUGAAGGGUUCCGCUGUAGCACUGUGCAUUGAUGGUGAUGUCACGGUCCUUAAAUGCUAGCAUCAAUGGUCCACUGAUGUCAGAUUAAACAGCCCUGUUUGGAUUGACCCAACAGAGUCAUUUAACCAUGUCAGACUGUUUGCUAUAAUGUGCCCAUUCUGUUGCACAGCUAGUGGUUAAUUGCUGUUGUGUUAUGCACACUGGCCAUAUUUGCUUGCUGUGCUUCAAUUGUGUUUCAUGUGAAGAACCCUCAGAUAAGAUUUUAUAUUAAUUUUCAAAAUGCAAACAGAGAAUUCUUUGCUAAAUGUACAUGUGUUUAGAUGCUCUGAAGAAUGUUUUGAUAACUAGUAGAAGCACUGUUUUUAUUCCAACAAAGCAGGUAAUUAAAAAUGUAAGUAGUAUUGAGAUGAUGAUUUACAUCGUCUCUCAGUAGUCAGCUCACGUGCCAGGAUUCAAGGAUAUUAAUGCACCAUGCAAAGCACUGUGCGGCCUACCAUUCUGUCUCCCAAUUGACACGUACAGAAUUCAUCAAAUAUAUCAAAAUUUGUUCUCCAGUGUAGAACACACAUGCAUUAUUUGCAGUUUUGCAAACCCUGUAUAAAGUUACAACAUUGUCCUUGCACAUUGUUUAAUAUUCACUGAAUACUUUUAAAAUAAAAGUUAUAGAUCUUAAUGACAGUGUAUUUUUAUACAAAACUUUUGCACAGUUUGAGAAUAUUUAUAAAGUUUGAUGUGGUAUUCUUGUAAUGAUGGGAUUAUGUUGAGCUUAUAUGAACAAAACGUAAGUCCAUUCACUAGUUUAAGAGAUUAAACAUUUGGAUAAACAAAUUGGUGUGAUGUCCCUAUAUGUGUUCAUUUUGUAAGAUAUAUAAAACAUAUUUGUGAAAAUUG